UGAUUUAGCUUAAAGGGUCCAUGAACAAGUCUCAAUGGAUCCCAAUUGUUUGCUUAAGGAUAAUAGCCAUGAUUGCAACUUUUGUAGCCGCUAUUGUAAUGGUCACUAGUCGCGACUCGGCUAAAGUCUUGGGCAUGACCUUUGAAGCCAAGUAUAACAACUCACCCACGCUCAAAUAUUUUGUGAUCGUUAGCAUUAUCACGACGAUAUACAGUUUGGGGGCACUCUUUGUUCCUCCAAGGAAGACGGGGCGUCAUGUUAUUGUUCUUGAUUUGAUUGUAAUGUCGUUUUUGAUAUCAAGUUUCUCGGCAGCCGUUGGAGUAGGGCAAUUGGGGAAGCAGGGGAAUUCGCAUGCUGGUUGGCUACCCAUAUGUGACCAAGUUCCUAAGUUUUGCAACCAUGUUACCGUAGCUUUGAUCGCCGGAUUUGUGUCUGUCAUUAUUUACUUUUUGCUCAUACUUUACUCCUUAAACAAUGUUCUUAAUCUGGUUGUUAUUAAAGCCUAGCUAUUAUAGCAAAUUUCA